ACUUAUAACUCAAUUAAACAUUGAUUGUAGCCAGCGGUGUUAGCCUGAGCUGACUAUUUUAGCUGACUUGCUACGUUUUUAGCCUAAAAUCGGGUGCUUUUGUAUUAUCAGCGCACUUUGAGCCAUUAGGAAGUCUCUGCAGGUGUCUGACAGCUGGAAGAAAACUACUUUUUGCACCCAUUUUUAAUUAUUCAUCUCGGUAAACACUUGUCUUGGAUGGCUGAAUCAGAGACCAUGUCUCUCCCUGUCCAAACUGGCGAUAAGAGAGGAUGUUCAGAGGAUAAAGAUGAAGACGUUCCUUCAAAGAAGCCAAAAGUUGAGAGUGAUCAUGAAAAUGGAGGCGCUCCUGAUCUAAAUGAGGAGGAGCCUGCAGAAGAGGCAAGUGAGGAAGAUGACGAUGGAGACACCUUUGCUGACAUGAUGAAGCACGGUCUGACUGAGACGGAUGUGGGCAUCCUGAAGUACGUUAGUGACCAUGAGGGCUUCUCAGGGAUCCUGAAAGAGAGAUAUUCUGAUUUUGUUGUGCAUGAAAUCAACAAACAAGGCAAGACGGUGCAUUUGGAUGACCUGUCUAUCCCUGUAGACAGUGAGCAAGCCUCCGAGACCGAGCAGCUGCCAAAAGAAAGUGACGUGUUGACCGAGGAGCAGAAAAAGCAGCUUGGUGAGCUGCAGCUGUUCAAGAAUAAAGAGGGAAACGUCGCCAUUGAGGUUAUGGAUGACACAAAAGAAAAACGGACACUUGUUCAUAAAGCCAUCAAGACUCAGUUUCCAGGUUUGGAAACAAAAACCGAAGAGAAAGACGGGCGAAAGUUCAUCGUGGCCUACCAUGCUGCUGGCAAGAAGGCUCUCGCAGAAGUCAAAACAACAAAAGCUCCAAGGAAGCAUUUUUGGCCCAAAAACCGUGGCAGCUACUGCCACUUUACCCUGUACAAGGAGAACAAAGAUACCAUGGAUGCAAUCAAUGUGCUCUCCAAGUUCCUCAGGCUCAGACCCAACAUGUUCUCCUACAUGGGAACCAAAGACAAGAGAGCCAUCACUGUGCAGGAGAUCGCUGUGCUCAAGAUCACAGCUGAGAGGCUGGCUCACCUCAACAAGUGCCUCAUGAACCUGAAGCUUGGGAACUUUUGUUACAAAAACCACCCUCUAAAGCUCGGGGAGCUGCAGGGAAACCACUUCACUGUGGUCAUCAGGAACAUCUCAGGAACCAGUGAGCAGGUGCAUCAGGCAAUGACGUCUCUCAAAACGACAGGCUUCAUCAACUACUUUGGAAUGCAGCGGUUCGGCACCACGGCGGUGCCCACGCAGCACGUUGGCAGGGCUAUUCUGAGAAACGACUGGAAUGAAGUGGUGGAUUUGAUUUUGAAGCCUCGUCCUGGAGCAGAGAAAGAGUUUCUGGUCCGCUGCCGGGAGGAGUGGGCCAAGUCUCAGGACCCAGAGGCUGCACUGAAAAAGCUGCCUAACAAACGCUGUGUGGAGGGACAGCUGCUGCGUGGCCUGUCCAUGUAUGGCAAGAAAAACAUCGUCACUGCCUUUGGACUGAUCCCUCGAAACAGCCGGCUGAUGUACAUCCACAGCUACCAGAGCGUGGUGUGGAACACCAUGGUGAGCCGCAGAAUCGACUCCUUUGGCCUGAAGGCUGUGGAGGGAGAUCUGGUCCUCAGAGGAACUGCAGCCCACGUGCUGUCUGCAGAGGAGGCUGAGACUCACACCAUCCAUGACAUUGUGAUGCCACUUCCUGGGUUUGACGUCAUCUAUCCAUCUCACCAUAUCGGUGAAGGUUACAGAGAGAUGCUGACAGCAGACGGGCUGGACAUCGACAACAUGAGACACAAAGUGAAGGACUACUCUCUAGCUGGAGCCUACAGACGUGUGGUCAUCAGACCCACUGAUGUCAGCUGGGAGGUAAUUCACUACGACGACCCCAGGAUCUCUCUAGUACACACUGAUUUUGAGAAGCUGGAGAACAAACCUGCUCCUGUUUUCAUCAAAGAUGGGAAGUAUCGAGCUCUGAGGAUGGAGUUCUCCCUUCCUCCUUCUACCUAUGCCACCAUGGCGAUCAGAGAGGUCCUCAAGUUGGACACAAGCAUUAAGAAACAGACGCAGCUCAACACCACCUGGUUGAACUGAGACCAGAACUGUCUAAAACAGGAACUGGAACGUCCUCUACGGCUGGCUGCUGUUAUGGCUGUGGUAACGCGUGUAUGACAAGUACAGUUGAUUUAUAAAAUAAUUUUAAGUUAAUUUUGACAUUUUUUGUGAUGUUUUUUACUUUAAAACAUUUUUGUGCUGCUGUGAGUCUGAAUGUUUUCAGUGAUUUAGGUAAAGACUUUUGCUUUCAGGGUGCUCGUUUACCCUGCUGCUAAUUUAUAGUGUGUUUUGUUUUAUAUCAAGCAGUGAAAUAUACAUUUACAUCAUAACUCUUUCACUCACAGUCUGGUCAUAUUUGAUUAAAAACAGAUUUAUUGUUUUAUAA